UGCUGACAACUUUUGUAAUGUCACUGUUGUGUUGUCAGCUAGUAUGAAAUGAAAAUAAUUUCCCAGGAAUGACUAGUCCAAAGUCGCUCAGUGAGCUUCUUCCGCAGUGGUGAUGAUUUGGCCAAAUGUCUUCACUGAGAUUAAAGAUGUAUCGAACUCUUUCAAGAAAUGAUCAAAAAACCCACUGGAUGUUGUAUAAUGGAAAGGAAUUGAAUGGAAUAGAAGAGAAGAGAAUGAGAAGAGAAGACGAGACGAGACGAGACGAGACGAGAAGAGAAGAGAAGAGACGAGACGAGACGAGACGAGACGAGACGAGAAGAGAAGAGAAGAGACGAGACGAGACGAGACGAGACGAGACGAGAAGAGAAGAGAAGAACAGACUUGGAAGAGACCUUGGAGGUCUUCUAGUCUAAUCUCCUGCUUAAGGUAGGAGAUCUUAUACCAUCCUGGAAGAAUGGCUGUCCAAUAUUUUCUUAAAUACCUCCAACACCCACAACUCCCAAGAGGCAGUCUAUUCCAUUGAUUAAUUGUUU